CUGAAUAUGAUGGUAGAAAACACAGCACCCUUGUCCCAGAAUCAACUGUUCGAUUACAUUCGAUCAUUGAUCCUCGCCGAACAACGAGAAAAUGACGCGUUUUAUGUUUUAGAUUUGGGUGUCGUCGAUUUCCUCUUCAACACUUGGUCGUUCAACUUCCCGGUGAUUCAACCCUUCUACGCCGUGAAAUGCAACCCUCAUGUUCCUUUCCUUAAACGAUUGGCCGAGCUUGGGACAGGGUUUGACUGCGCUAGCUAUGCCGAGAUCCAGACCGUUCUGUCCAUCGGGGUUCCGCCGAACCGAAUUAUCUUCGCCAACACUUGCAAACCUGAUUCCCACAUCAAGUACGCGGCUGAGGUUGGCGUUAACCUGACGACGUUCGAUUCGGAAAGCGAACUCGAAAAGAUGAAAAGACUUCACCCCACGUGUGAGCUCUUGAUCCGGAUAAGGGUGCCCGAUUUAAGGGCUGUCAGCGACCCGCACGAUGCUAAGUUCGGCGCACUUCCCGACGAAAUAGCUCCUCUCCUGAGAACAGCUCGAGCUCUAGGACUCAACAUCGUCGGCGUUUCGUUCCACAUCGGGAGCGGAGCUGUCGAUUUCGGGGCAUUCGAAGAGGCCAUCGCGGCAGCGAAAUCCGCAUUCGAAAUCGCGACCCAAGUUGGUCUCCCUGAAAUGCGGAUCUUGGAUAUUGGGGCUGGGUUCAACUCCGGCUCGAGGUUCAUCGGGGCUGCGUUGGCUGUGAAAAGAGCUUUGAAAAAGCACUUCCCCGACCGUGAAGCUUUGAGAAUCUUGGCGGAGCCUGGCCGUUACUUCGCCAGAUCGGCUUUCACGCUGGUGACUUGCAUCAUUGGAAAGAGAGUUCGAGGCGACGUGAGGGAGUAUUGGAUCGACGACGGGAUUUUCGGAUCCAUGUGCUGUUUGAAGAGUGACCAAGGUCAUGACGAACUGAAGUUGACUCCUCUGGUUCUUCGUGGCUCAGCGAGGCUGGGGACGAUGACAUACAGAAGUACGAUUUUCGGACCGACCUGUUGCCCUCUCGACGUUGUUUCGAGGGACUACAAACUGCCGGAUUUGGAGGUGAACGACUGGUUGGUGUUUCACAACAUGGGAGCCUAUACUUCUGCGGCGGGCACUGAUUUCAAUGGAUUCAAAACUUCAGCCAUUCCAACGUACGUUGCGCAAUCUAGUCGGAGUGGAUAACUAUAGACAGGGCCAGAAUUGAACGUAUUUCUAUCAAACAGACUUAUGUGGAGGUGAGAAAUAUGGGGUGUGCUCGUCAGUUCUCUGGCCGUAACAGUGAAUGAGAAUAAUAAAGCGCCAGUGACGUCAACGGAGAUGGAUGCGCAUUCGUCGCGUCGUGCGUCGUAUUUGUCGUAGUGGUCAUCAACUCAUGAGCCCUGUCCACAACGCUCUCGUGCCACAUCCGCGGCUCAUUACAUCCCGCAUUCAGUUGCCACAUACUUCUCUUUGCUCAAUUUAAAAUCCCGCUUUUCCAAUCCUUGAAAGGAAUCACGCCCACUGACCACAUUGUUUCUUAUGCUGCUUUCUAGAGCACACCCCAUAUUUCUCACCUGCUGCACAUAGUUCUGUUUGAUAAAAAUACGUCCAAUUCAGUCGACACGGGUCGCGUUAUCUCAUCAAAAUUAUACGCACAUCCCGCUGAUCCUACUAAUAAUACCCGAAAUCAAAAUCGGGCUGAUUAUUAAAAUUGAUACAUAAAGCGAUAGACAAAGAAGACAAAGAAAUGGGACGAUUCUCAUUGGUGAAAGUGCGAUGGAAAAAGGCGGUGAGAAAUAAUGGAGAUGUUGCAUGCGUGAGGAAUUUGCGAUUUGACCAAUGAUUCUUAUGUACUUAAUUGUUCGCGAGAAACACGGAUGGUGCCACCGGUU